ACAAGUUCAGAACAUCUCGAGUAAAUUGUCUUGAUAUAUAUAUAAAUUCUGCGUAGCAAAUCAUAUGGUCAAAAUUUAACCUAGAAUACCGAUUCGAAAAUUUUUUUAUCGGAACACAUUUAACUAUCACACAUAUGGUAAUAAUCCUUAUAUUGAAUUAAUAAAUUGUUGAUUAAAUUUUUGAAUUGUUUUUAAGUUAAAAAUUUUUAAAAUGAGUGCCGAAAAUUGGAAUGAAAUAGAACAAGUCAAAAAAGAAAAACGCCAUGAAUUAAUUUUGUCUGGUGUUUCAAUAUCAGAAAAAAUUCAAUCUUUCGGUUUAAGUGACGAGUUAUUCAAUUGUAAAACAUUAAAUUACUUGAAUAUCAAUCAGACAUGCCUUGAAUCAAUAUCUGAUGAAAUUGGAAAAUUAUCAAAUUUAACAACACUGGUAUUGCAUUCAAAUAAAUUGAAACAUAUACCUGUAACGAUUGAAAAUUUAACAAAAUUAAAAAUUCUUGACUGUUCAUUCAAUGAAUUGACAACAAUAUCUUUCGAAAUAAGUACAUUGACAGAGUUGACAAGGAUUAAUUUAAAUUCUAAUUUAUUGACUAAAGUACCGUGUCUGAGCGCGAAUGUUAAAUUAAGCUCUUUAGAUUUAUCAAAUAAUAAAUUUCAAGUAUUUCCUGAUGUUUGCUACAGUAAUUUGAAUCAUCUAGCUGAAAUUAAAAUCAGCAAAAAUAGUAUCAAUGAAAUACCAGCGGCUAUAUCUGUAUUACCAUCAUUGAAACAUCUUGAUCUUUCUGAUAAUUGUAUUAAAGGAGUACCAGGUGAACUAGCUGAUUGUCAAAAAUUGAAAGAACUCGAUUUAAAAGGUAAUAAAUUGAAUGACAAACGCCUCGAGAAACUGAUUGAUCAAUGUAGAACAAAACAAAUAAUCGAUUAUAUCAAUCAACAUUGCCAAAAAUCGACUAAAAAUCAAGGAUCAAGUGCGAAAGAUAGUAAAAAUAAGAAUAAGAAAAAUAAUAAAAAUGAUGGAUCUAAUAAAAAUACUGAUGAUGAUGCAAUUGAUAGUAUAACACAUAAAUUGAAAAUAAUUCACGUUAAUAACGAUAAUCCCGUUAUUAAAAUAACUGAAAACAUUAAACAAGUGCGUCCUUACAUUGUUGGCUGUAUUGUCAGGAAUAUUUCAUUCAAUGAAGAAAAUUUCAAAAAGUUUAUACAGCUGCAAACUAAAUUACAUGACGGUAUUUGUGAAAAAAGAAAUGCUGCCACUAUUGCUACACAUGAUUAUGAUUUAAUUGCCCCAGGUGACAUAACAUUUACGGCAAAAGUUCCCACUGAAAUUGAAAUAAAACCAUUGGGCCGUGCCAAAAUGUUUACAGCAGCAGAAUUAUUCAAACGUCUUCAAGUAGAAGCUGAUAAUUUGCGACGUGAAAAGAAACGAAACGUUUAUUCUGGAAUUUACAAAUAUCUCUAUUUAAUUGAAGGCAAACCGUUAUUUCCGUGUGUAAUUGAUUCAAAUAAUCAAGUAAUAUCAUUUCCACCAAUCACCAACAGCGAUAUUACAAAAAUGAGUGUUAACACUAAGAACAUGUUUAUUGAAGUAACUGGUCUCUCCCGACAAGUUUGCAGGGAUGUGAUGGAUGAGUUGUUAAAAGAAUUAAUUACCCAAGGAUUAUGCACAUCAACGGAAAAUUCAAAUCAAAGUGAUCAUAAUUUAGAAGUGGAACAAGUCAAAGUCGUCGAUAUGGAGGGAAAUUUAAAACAUAUUUAUCCAUCACGAGUUGAUUUAAAUUUUGAUGAUAAAAUAAAAGUUAUAAGAGAUUAAUUCACGAUCGAGAUGAUCUUUUUUCAAUCACUGGAGCUUGAAGUAAAAUUAUUUUUUUCUAUCACUACUGUUUAAAGUCCAAUUAAACAUCUAUAUUAUUAACUUGUUGUGUAUUGUUGAAACGUAAGUAACAAACUGUACUUUGAAUUAAAUUUCAUCGUUAAGCUA